AUGGCCCGUCGUCAAGCAAAGUCAAACAGCAAGAAGAAUGCUAGGCAACUUCCAAUAAUAAAGGAUCAAGGGAAGCCUCAAAGUAUCAAGAAACGGCGAGCUGUUCGCAAAAGCCUACGUUUAAAAGCAAUACAACAAUCUCACGAGCAAUCCUCAUCUAAAAGUAAUCAUAUCUGGAUUGUACGAACACUUCCGUCCCCUCCAACAAGCAACGUCCCCAAGGGCAGAAAAGCAUUACAGCACCCGCAAAUCCCCCGCAACCUGUCCACGUUCUCUCGAAAACGGAAACGAGGGCAAGAAGAGCAAGACGCCGGACAUCGCUCUCCUCCAGCUCAAGGCCAGCUUCCUUCGACGCGACUACGAACCAAGCCUUCAAGCUAUACUGCUGAAAGGGAAUUACAUCCGGAGGCGGUGACUGACAUCAGUGAGAACUGCCUUGAACCUAUCCAAUAUUGGAUUCAGACGGGGAGGUGGCAUAAAGUCUACUUCGAACAAGACAGCCAGGUCAGAGAAGAUUUUGAGAGGGGCAAGUCUCCAGAACAGUUCGAACAAAGGGAUUGGCAACGGGAGUUUUAUGCCAAAGAGCCGAUCGGACCAAUGCACGGUUUUCACCAAUUACAGCAUCUGUUUGCGAGGAAGAAGUCCUCGUCUUCCCUACGCCGCAAGAAUUCGGAAUCCAGCCUUCGGACACCCAGCGAUCAACUGCCGCGGGAAGUUAAAAGCGCUCAAUACAGGACCCUAGAGUAUGAAAUGGGUCUAGAGAAAAAGGGCAGCUACAUGCGCAAAUUUAAGGAUGGAUGCAAGCACGAGCAUUUGGAGGGGUUACUUUAUUCCGAGCAGACAGUCCCUCGGGACUCGCUGUUUCGUGAUGAUCUAUUCGACAAGACCUGUGAAAAUAUCCGAAACAGGAACGAGGCUAUGGUCAUUCGAGACAUCAGUUCGCUAAUUGUCCCUUCCGCCCAAACAUUAGCCACAUACGGCGCCACGCACCUCAAUCAUCUGUAUGAAUGCGUCAACGAAGGCUGGAACAGCGCAGUCCCUUUUCAUGGUGCUCGUCCGCAACCCGACUACUCCGUGGGGUUCGGGCGAUCUGCGUUCACGGAGGAACAACUCAAAAAGCUCGAACCUUUUGUGGGUGAGAUCGGGUCCAAGGCGUUCACCUACUUCACGGCCACAACGCGGAUGCACUUUCCCUUCCUUACCUGCGAGGUCAAGUGCGGCGCGGCAGCGCUAGACGUCGCUGAGCGACAGAACGCUCACAGUAUGACUAUUGCCGUAAAAGGUGUCGUCGAACUCUACAGAGCUGUGAAACGCGAGAAAGAGCUUCACCGGGAAAUUCUUGCCUUUUCAAUCUCGCACGAUCACAGGUUGGUGAGAAUCUAUGGCCAUUACGCUAUCAUCGAGGAAGAAAAGACCACCUUCUAUCGCCACCCUAUCCAUGAGUUCAGCUUCAUCGCCCUAGACGGCAAGGAAAAAUGGACGGCCUACAAAUUCACGAAGAACGUCUACGAUAUUUGGAUGCCGAUUCAGUACAAAAGGAUCUGCUCGGCUAUCGAUGAGUUGCCGUCUGACAUAGACUUGGACCUCUCACAGUCAGCUUCUUUCUCACAAUUAGGUUGUCAGAGCUCUCAGCUAUCAAACGCCGAGUCCGCAUGGAUGCUGGAGGGGGCUAACAGCCAGUCAAGCAUAGCUAGCUCGCAAGAAGUUACACGGACCAUCUCCUUUACUCAAACAACCGAGCGAGCAUCCAAGAAGCCAAGGAAUAAGAGUGCCGCGGGUCAGUAG